UAAACAGUGAGCUGUAUAAGAGACGAUUGAUGUCAUUGGUGUUUCUGCAGAUAAAACCAUUUUUAUUUAGAAUGUAACGUUGGGCAAUGCUCGUUGGGACGUUCUGAGUUUAAGAUGGUAAAUAGUAGCCUACCGUUAACACGACGUUAGCUGUUGAUGCCGAGGAAACAGGCUAGGCCUAGAUGGUCGUUUCUGUUAACAGAAAAUACGAAGAGGCUGUCACGAAAAAGGGCAAAGGGAAGUAAGAAAACACUACACAAGUGUGUCCUUGAGGCAAACCUUAUUUGAGCUUCGGUCAGCAUGGCACCAACUCUGUAUGAUGAGAAACCAGAGAUUGGGGACCUGAUAGAGAUCUUCAGAGGAACAUACCAGCACUGGGCCGUCUACAUUGGAGAUGGAUACGUCAUUCACCUGGCGCCACCCACUGAACAGGCACGUGGUGGGGCUUACAGCAUGAUGUCGGUGCUGUGUGACAAAGCCAUUGUGAAGAAGGAGGAAUUGUGGGAUGUUGUGGGAAUGGACCAGUACAGCAUCAACAAUCUCUUGGAUAACGAGUAUGAGCCGCGGCCAGCACACGUGAUCCAGCGGGAGGCCCAGACCCUUCUGAACCAGGAACUGCCCUACUGUGUUUUCCGAGGGAACUGUGAGCACUUUGCCACCGAGCUGCGAUACGGCAAGGCCCAGUCACGCCAGGUACGCAAAGCUGUUGAGGUUGGUGUCGGAGUGGGAAUGGCUGCUAUGAUUGGUGUGGGAGCUCUAGCUGUUGCUGCAGCCAUGUUUGGAGGUGGAAGCAAGCAGAAGGAAAGUAAGCGCUGAAUAUCCUUUCCUUGAAGUAAUACUAAGCACACUACCACCACCAGGCCUUUCUGACAAUAAAAACGCCACAUUUCUCAUACAUCUCUCUGGCGUGGACCCUGAAAUACAUCCGUGACUGGAGUAUGGAUCAGCUGACACACUGUCAGUCAUGAUUUGACAGAUUUUAUAGGUUUUUAUCUCUCUCUCUGUGAUGGUGCCAUAUGUUGGUUUAAAUAUUGAUUAAGCUGCUUUCUGUUAAUGUAAAUCUAUAUAAAUUAAUAUGUAAAAACUGUUGAGUCAGUUAAUGCACAUCUUACUCUGUGACAAAUGAUCAGAAUUAACACAAUUACUGGGUCUCCCUCCAACUCAAGCACAUUUUCAGCUAAAGAAACUGGACACUGAAGUUGUGCACAGCUGUGUAUCAGCUGGAAUCAAAACAUAAUGGUUGUCAGGGCAACUUUGACAGAAAAGCUAAAUAAAAUUGCAACAAAUGCCCAUUUCCAUCAACCUCUAUGCAUUAUACCCUAUGGGAAUUGGGAUACCCUCCUCUAGAACGUUGAUUUCAUAUACUGUUUUUAAGAUUUUAUGCAAAUUUAUGCAAAAAAACUUUUGCACACAGGAUUUCCUAUUCUUUUCUAUUCCGAGUCAAAAUUCAGUUACUGUCAGUAGGCAGAUCUGUUAGGCUACACAGCUGACAAUUCUUAGCUAUUGAUUGCCAUUUGAUUGAUAAAAAGUGACUGAUUUUAUCAUUUACUAGGUGUCAGGGUGUUUAAUAUAGUUAAAAGGGAAUGCAAAUAACUUUGCAGCAUUAUCUAAUAUUUGUUCACAGAAGACUGGAAUUUCAUAGUUGGCACAGCUUUUCUGUAAAAUAGUAAUAAAUGUGACUGUUUAUUAACAUUACAAUGUUACUAUGUGAUACAUUUCAUCAAACCCUUUGUCGAAAAUAAAAUGUUGUGAAACAUG